UUUACAAUUUGUUCAUAUUUGUAUUAGAUAUGAAGGCAAGUGAACAGUGCUUUUAGUAAAUCUUGUGUUGUGAUUUCUCCGUAUCUCCAUCUGUUUAUAGUGCUAACACCUUCAUUGUCGUCAAUUAAAGGAUACUGAAAUACCUAGAAAAUCGUUAAAGGAUUUAUUAGUGUACGGAUUUGUACCAAGAUUCGUUUUUCUGCCACGAGAAAUUUCAGCAUGGCGUUAUAUUUUGGAUCCUACCUAGUGGGCUUGCUAGCCGUCGUGACCGCGCUAUUCGUAGUAGGCUAUGCUUACAUCCUGCACUUCUACCAGUACUGGAAGAGGAGGAACCUACCCUAUCUGGAGCCCGCAGCACCUUGGGGAAAUGUAGAAAAGCCUUUCUGGCGAACUGUGUCCGUCGGAGAAGAGAUGCGCGAUAUACAUUUAGAAGCAAAACGCAGAGGUUUGAAAGUCUGCGGAAUUUACAACAUGAUGCAAGUGAACUUAGUCCUCAUCGAUCUGGACAUAGUAAAGCAAGUUUUGACGAAAGAUUUCAACAACUUUGUAGACAGAGGGGUAUAUACCAACGAGAAGGACGAUCCUCUAACUUGCCAUCUCUUUGCCCUCAGUGGUCAGAGGUGGAGGAAUCUAAGGGUAAAAAUGUCACCAACGUUUACAUCCGGCAAAAUGAAGACCAUGUUCAGCACUCUGGUCAGCUGUGGUGAAGUACUUGAAAAAUACGUUGAGGGUCACAUCGACAAUGUGGAGGGGUUGGACGUUAAGGAAGUCUUAGGUAAAUUCUCGACGGACAUCAUCGGUAGUUGUGCUUUCGGCUUAGAGUGCAACAGCUUCAAAGACCCGAACUCACCCUUCAGAAAAUACGGUCGAGAAGCUUUCGAAGUCUCCACGUUGGACCUUAUCGAAUUGGCGAUUGCCGAUAACUUCCCCGAGCUCGCGAGGAAGCUGAAAAUCACGACUAUACGGAGGGAUGUAAGCUCCUUCUUCAGGAAGGUGGUAAACGAUACGAUCGCUUACAGACAGAAGAACAACUACGCGAGGAACGACUUCCUCCAGUUGCUCAUCGAGAUCAUGAACAACAAAUCAUCCAAUGAGGAUGGAUUCAAAGGUGAUGGAAAAUCUCUGACCAUGGACGAAGCCGCUGCCCAGUGCUUUGUGUUCUUCCUAGCCGGCUUUGAGACCAGUUCUACGACUAUGACAUUCGCUCUCUACGAAAUGGCUCAGCACCAGGACGUACAAGACAGAGUCAGAGAAGAAAUCAAGACGGUUCUGGCGAAGCACGAUGGCCAAGUGACUUACGAUUCGUUGAGCGAACUGAAGUACAUGAAGCAAGUCAUUGACGAAACGUUGAGGAUAUACUCUCCAGUUCCGUUUAUAACUAGAGUAGCUGCUGAAGACUACAAGAUACCACAAGAGGAUGUGGUCAUAGAAAAGGGCACCAAGGUGGUGGUUGCCAUCCAAGGAAUCCAUAUGGACGAGGAAAUAUACGAGAAUCCACUGAAAUUCGAUCCAGAGAGGUUCAGCGACGAAAACAAGAAGGGAAGACACCCCUAUGCGCACAUACCCUUCGGUGAAGGUCCUAGAAUUUGUAUAGGGGAAAGGUUCGGCAUAAUGCAGACCAAGGUGGGGCUGACGAGCAUCCUGAAGGAUUUCAGGGUGACUCUGAACAAAAAGACCCAGAAUCCUUUGAGGUUGUCUACCAGAGCAUUCGUGCCCACUGCCGAGGCUGGUGUUUGGGUAAAUUUGGAGAGACUUUAGGUGAUAAGCCAAACGAAACAUCUAUCUUUCUAUAGUUAUUAUUAUAUAAUUGCCAGUAAUAAAAUUGUUAUUUACUC